ACACACACCCAAAAUGGUUGAUCGUUUAGUAAAUUCCGAAGCCAACACCAGGCGUAUUGCCACUGUGGAAAAUUGUUUUGGCGGUGCAGGUGUGCCACUGGCCGUCCCCGGUCGUGUCUUGGUGGGGGAGGGUGUCUUAACCAAAAUGUGCCGCAAACGACCAAAAUCUCGCCAGUUUUUCCUGUUCAACGAUAUUCUGGUCUAUGGCAACAUUGUUAUUGGCAAAAAGAAAUACAACAAACAACACAUAAUGCCUUUGGAAGAGGUUUCAUUGGAGAACAUUGACGAUUGCAUACAAUAUCGUAAUGCCUGGCUGAUACGUACCACCACCAAAUCGUUUAUUGUGUGUGCGGCCACCGAAACCGAAAAGAAGGAAUGGAUGGCGCAUAUCAACAAGUGUGUGGAGGAUUUGCUUAAGAAAUCGGGCAAGAAGCCAGUGGAAAAGCAUGCUGCCGUAUGGGUACCCGAUGCGGAGGCCGUCAUCUGCAUGCACUGUAAGAAGACGCAAUUCACCAUGAUUGUGAGACGCCAUCAUUGUCGUAAUUGUGGUGCCGUCGUCUGUGGACCAUGUUCAUCCAAGAAAUUCCUACUGCCCCAGCAAAGUUCCAAACCCCAAAGGGUAUGCACCAGUUGUUAUGAACGUUUGAGCAAUGCCGUUAAGCAGGAAUCGGCCAAGAUAUCAUCGUCGAAUUCGUUGAACUCAUCGUCGGCAACAACGGGAACGGCCAAUAACAAAGAUGCAGCAGCUGCACACAACAAUGCCAAUAAUGAAUCAUCUGGUGAUGAUGAUUCGGAAGAUGAGACAAAUGGUAGCGGUAAUGAACAACAUGAUGAGCCUAAAUUCUAUGGAGAUAGCAGUAUUUUGUCGGCAACAGAGACCAAUAACCAUUUAAACUCUAGUCAUAAUUGAUAUUUAAAGAAAACAAGGGAAAGAGCUGGCGGUGGAGGAGGAGGAGGU